AUGGAUGCUGCAACCAGUGGUGACUGGAAGAGGAGUGGGUUAGGUGGUGUAUUAAGAGAUGAUGCAGGUUCGAUCUUAGGUUCUUUCCAGGAGGCUUCUGGUCCAGGUCCUCCGACCUUGAUGGAGCUAAAGGCUAUUCAAAAGGGAUUAUCUUUCUUUGUUUCUUUUCGAGGACGUGUUAGGGGUCGGUUGAUAAUUGAAAGUGAUAGUAAGGUGGCAUUGGAUUGGGUUAGGAAUGUUGAAGUUUGUCCAGAUGUGUAUGCUUUUAUUGUAAAAGACAUUGUUGAUAGGCUUAAAGAUUCAGAGGGUGUUAUUAGAUGGGUUGCUAGGACAACUAACUUAGAGGCUGAUGCCUUAGCUAAGGCUGGAAUAGAAACUCCUCCUGGUUCUGUCAAUUUGCUUUAUGUUCUGUAUCUUCUAGAAAGAAAAAUCGGAUUAAUGAUUCUUGCACUGUUGGCAUAUUGUGGAUGGGCAAACUGUACUGUCUGCAAAGCAGAUGAUAGUGGUGCAACAGCUUUGAGUUCCUCGUUUUCUUGCAAGGAUUUGUAUGGAACCCAUUCCAUUGGCUUGCUUGGAAAAAUACGAUCAUGGAAGUCUGUGGCGAUUCUUCAGAUGUUAGAAAAGCAGAUGGGACCUGACUUCUUCAAAAAGAUUCUGCAAGCAAUAAUUUCUCGUGCACAAAAUACAAACUGUGCUGUGAGGUCUCUUAGUACGAAAGAGUUCCGUCAUUUUGCUAACAAAAUUGGAAAUCUGGAGCGUCCGUUUCUGAAAGAAUUUUUUCCUCGGUGGGUGGGAUUUUAUGGAUGUCCGGUGCUCAGGAUGGGGUUUUCCUACAACAAGCGGAAAAAUAUCAUUGAGUUGGCAGUUCUGCGCGAAUGCACAGCUACAAUUGAAUCAAGUGUAUCGGUUCUGAAUGUUAACCCUGAUUCUGAAAACCGUGAUGGUGAUAUCGGGUGGCCUGGGGUUAUGACUGUGAGGGUUUAUGAGCUUGAUGGCAUGUCUGAUCAUCCAGAUCUUUCAAUGGCUGGUGAUGCAUGGCAGCUGCUGGAAAUAGUAUGCCACUCAAAGCUUGCUGCUAAACGAUACCAGAAGCCUAAAAAGGGUUCAAAACCUGAUGGCUCCGAUGAUAAUGGUGAUUUGCCUACAGCAGACAUGCGUUCAAGUGUAGACUCUCCAUUGUUGUGGAUUAGGGCAGAUCCAGAGAUGGAAUAUCUAGCUGAAAUUCAUUUUAAUCAACCUGUGCAGAUGUGGAUUAAUCAGUUAGAGAAGGAUGAAGAUGUUGUAGCUCAGGCACAAGCGAUCACAGCACUAGAAUCUUUACCAGAGCUUUCAUUUCCUGUUCUCAAGGCACUGAAUAACUUCCUGACUGACACAAAGGCCUUUUGGAGGGUUCGAAUUGAGGCAGCAUUUGUAUUGGCUAGUACAUCUUCUGAGGAAACUGAUAUGGCUGGUUUGCAACAUCUGGUGAAGUUUUAUAAAAGUCGAAGGUUUGACACUGAUAUUGGAUUACCGAAACCAAAUGACUUCUCAGAUUUUCCAGAGUACUUCGUUCUUGAGGCCAUUCCGCAUGCCGUAGCCACGAUAAGAGCUGCAGACGGGAAAAGCCCUAGAGAAGCCGUUGAGUUUAUUCUGCAACUCUUGAAGUAUAACGAUAAUAACGAGAAUCCUUACUCGGAUGUAUUCUGGCUCGCUGCAUUAGUACAGUCAGUUGGUGAACUUGAAUUUGGGCAGCAGAGUAUUCACUUCUUAUCUUCUUUUCUCAAGCGCAUUGAUCGGCUUUUGCAAUUUGACAGGUUGAUGCCCAGUUACAAUGGGGUAUUGACAAUCAGUUGCAUCCGGACCUUGGCACAGAUUGCAUUAAAGCUUUCUGGAUUCAUCCAUAUGGAUCAUGUCUGUGAACUAAUUAAACCGUAUCGAGAUUUCAAGACCAUCUGGCAAGUCCGAAAAGAAGCAAGCAGAGCUUUGCUUGAUCUUGAGUUCCAUUGCAAUGGCAUCAAUGCGGCAUUGUUGUUGUUUAUUAAGUAUAUAAAGGAAGAGCCUUCUUUAAGAGGUCAGGUAAAGUUGGGUGCCCAUGCUAUGCGAUUAUGUCAGAUACAAGGUGGAUCGGUUUCUAGUGAGGAUAUCAAGGCAGAAGCUCUUGUGGCUUUGCUUCAGCUUUUAGAGAGUCGAAUAGCAUUCAAUAAUGUAUUCUUCCGACACUACAUGUUCGGCAUUUUACAAGUUCUUGCAGGAAGAUCCCCGACACUAUAUGGAGUGCCGAAAGAUAAGAUACCGUGUAUGGGUAAUGUGGAGGUUUGCAAUGAGCAGAGGAACAAUUUUGCUGCUCUUGUUACAGAGAUAAAACCUCCUCAACCUCCCAUGGACAAUCUCAAUCAUUCACUUGACAAUUUGGCAAUUCCAGAAGCUCCAAAGGAAGUAGAUACAGUUUCCAACAGUCAUGAGAAAACCAGUCAUGAGAGAAAGAUGGCUGUUGUUAAGAUAAGGGUCAAACAGUCGGCGACAACUAGUAAAGCAGAGGAAAGAUCUGAAGGUGGGGAAAGAUCAGAAGGAAGGCAUCAUGAAGCCGAUCGAGGCGCAACCAGUUCAGUUUCUGUGGAUGCACCCCAGAGAAACUCAGCUGAGGCUGUGAGUAUUAGCAACCAAAAUGUUGAAGAGGUCAACUCGUUUCAUGAUCAUGGUUCUCGGAUUACUGCUAGCAUUGGGAGUGCGAAAAUUGCGAGUGAAGGUGACAACUUUGGUAAGGAGCUUCAGUGUACCGCUGAUUCGGGUAAGGCGUCCGUGCACCAUCAGCCUGAUGGUCCCUCAUCACCAAGCACCAUUCAAGAUAACUACAUAGAUGCUGAAGCAAAAAAGUAUGCAAGUCUACAAACACUAUCCGUCUCGAGGGACGAUGCACCUUCAUCACAGGGGAAGGAUGAGAGGAAGUCGUCAAAGAAGAAGAAGAAGAAGAAGAAAGAUAAGGAGAAGAAAAGAAAAGGGGAAGAGCUUAAAGGAGAGCGAGAUGAUCCGGAGUAUCUAGAGAAGAAGCGAUUGAAGAAGGAGAAGCAGCAGAAGGAAAAGGAGAUGGCAAAGCCGCUGAGUGAAGUGAAGGCACCCGCAACCGAGUUAAGAGUUAAGAAAGAGGAAACCAUAGAGUUGCCUGGUAACAAACAGGAAGUGGAAAAUACAAAUUCGAGUGGACAGAACAAGGUAGUGAUUCCAAAGUUGGAAACGAUGACCGAGCCUACUCAAGCAACUCCUGCUCCCAAAUUUCGAAUCAAGAUUAAGAACAAGACAUUGAAUAAAUCUUAGGUAGUUUGUCCAUCGUUAAAACAUGGGUGAAAGGAUGCUUCCAUCCUUUAUUACUUUGCGGACUUGGUUUUUA